UGUCGUGUCAUUCAUUUAUAAAACAGAUGUUUAAUCAUUCGAAAUUCGGGAUCUAUCGCUGUAGCAAAAUAGUUAACAACUGCUUAAAUCCCUGUUCAGCUAGUUCAACGUCCAACCGGUGUUUUCGAGCCACGAUGUCCACCUCAAGCGAAACACGUAAUAAAUUUGACCUUCCGCUGCGUUAUCGGGGAAGUUCAAAAAGUGUGUGGGUGGAAUACAUCCAGCUGGCAGCGCAAUACAAACCGCUGAACCUUGGUCAGGGCUUUCCGGAUUACCAUCCUCCAAGGUACAUAACGGAUGCACUGGCUGCCGCUGCCAAUAGUGACAAUCCGCUAGCUAAUCAAUACACGCGAGGAUUUGGUCAUCCUCGGCUGGUACAGGCGCUAAGCAAACUUUACUCAAACCUUGUAGGUCAGACCGUCAAUCCGAUGACGGAAAUUCUGGUUACGGUCGGGGCCUAUGAAGCCCUAUUUGCCACUAUACAAGGCCACGUAGACGUUGGCGAUGAAGUGAUCAUCAUCGAACCGUUUUUCGACUGUUACGAACCAAUGGUGAAGGCGACUGGUGGAAUACCCAGAUUUAUUCCUCUCAGACCGAAAACAACCAAAGGAAUGGUUUCCUCUGCGGAUUGGGUGCUGGACAAUAAAGAAUUGGAGUCACUUUUCAACGAAAAAACGAAAAUGAUUAUCAUCAAUACGCCGCAUAACCCGCUGGGGAAAGUAAUGAGCCGCGAGGAACUGGAAGUGGUAGCACAACUUUGCCGCAAGUGGAACGUUCUUUGCGUGUCGGAUGAGGUUUACGAACAUAUGGUUUUCGAACCGUACGAACACAUUCGGAUAUGCACACUACCGGGAAUGUGGGAACGCACGAUUACCAUCGGUUCGGCAGGUAAAACUUUCUCGCAAACGGGUUGGAAAAUCGGAUGGGCCUACGGACAGGCCAAACUGAUGGAGAAUCUCCAGAUGGUACACCAGAACUGCGUUUACACUUGUUCCACACCGGUGCAGGAAGCCAUCGCUGUCGGGUUCGAAACGGAGCUGGAAAGACUCAGCAGCCCUAAAUGCUAUUUCAACAGCAUAUCCGGUGAGCUGCAAUCUAAGCGGGAUUAUAUGGCGGAAUUUUUGACGAAGGCAGGCAUGAAUCCAACCCUACCCCAGGGUGGCUAUUUUAUGGUAGCGGAUUGGUCGUCCCUGGCGCCUAAGCUAGACCUCUCAUCGGAAAGUGACAACCAGAAAGAUUACCGCUUCACCAAGUGGAUGACCAAAACGAUCGGACUGCAGGGUAUUCCACCUUCGGCAUUUUACAGUGAACCGAACAAGCAUUUAGCAGAAAAUUACGUUAGAUAUUGUUACUUCAAAAAGGAUGAAAAUCUUCAAGCGGCAGCUAAAAUAUUGCUUGACUGGAACAAGAGUUUGUAAGCUCUAAAAACCUACAAAGACAAUAAGCCUACAAUUGUCUAAAAAUGUCGGAUUUAUUCCAAGUUUUCCUAGAAAACAAUGAGAUAUUACAAUUGUGUAAAAUUAUUAAAAUUAGAUUAAUUUCGUCAUUGAUCGGAAUAGAAGCAUUGAUAUAGAAUAGUUUAAUUUUGAAUUUAAACUGAAAAAAUCAGCAUUUGAUUUAUCGUUUGAGCUCGUUUGUCGUAGGUAAUUGUAAACUCUUAUAAAUAAAAUUUUU